AUACUAUGCUGAUAACAUUUGUCAUAUCUUUUACUUUCUUUUUACCAUGCUGAUAACAAUUGUUAUAUUUAGGACACUAUCAUCGAUCACAAUUAAUUUUAUCAGAUAAGCCUCCACUACCUAUAUCUGUAUCACAGCAACGUGAAUAAUAUCUCUGAUAUCGUUGCACGAGAAUUUGCUCUUAAACAUGAAAGAGUUUUAUUUGGUUAUACUUUUAACGAUUUGUACGCACGUGUUUUUAGCGAUAGAUAUUGAAGGGCCACUGUGCUUUCAUUUCACAUGGCCAGGUGCAGACAAGACAACCGACAAGAACUUAACAUGCGAGGAUCUUAUUAAAAAUAAUUCAUUUACUCCUUGUAUAGAUCCAUUGCACAUAAGCGAAACAAAGCCAAAUACAAAUGAGAUAUGGACGAAUAAAACCGAAAAUUUUAAGUAUGUUAAAAAGAUGGAAUUUGUUUGCGUAAAAUUCACAUACAUAUAUAAUGGCGCAGUUGUAAACAUCAGUUAUUUCUCUGGGAAAGUCACGGAAGACCGGAUCAUGCCGGUCACAUCAGGCUGUUACGCUCAAUACACUGAUGGAUACAAAAUUGAAGUGUGCGCCUGUAAAUCUAAAGACAACACUAUACCCUGCAACUCAACAAUAAGAAAUACAUCUUCAAUACUAAUCAUUUCUGUAGUUGCAGCCAUUACGCUAUUUACGUAUAAAAUCUUUGAUAUUCUCUGACACUUUCGACUUAUUUUAUCCCUUUGAUAUGAAUAAAAUUGUACAAAUUAUAUAUAUUUAAUAUUUAUUACAAUUGUGUGCAACUAUCGAUCAAGCGUAUAUCUUUUUACAAUUUUGUAGAGCGCGCAAUAUGUAUUUAAAUUAUAUAUAGGGACAAAUAAAUCUUGUAUCUUGUAAUACAUAACGCAAUUGAAAAAUAAAUACGUCUAU